CGUAAAAAAGCUUUCAAAGUCUCGUAACGAUCACACGCGUCUAUCUCCGAAACUCGUCAGAGAGACAGGGCCUCUGAGAUUUGGCAGAUUUCGAUGUCGUUCGAGGAAGAAGAAGAGGAAGAGUCAUUCGAGCACACACUUCUGGUGGUGCGAGAGGUUUCCGUCUACAAGAUCCCACCGCGAACCACAUCCGGCGGAUACAAGUGCGGCGAGUGGCUUCAAUCCGAUAAGAUCUGGUCCGGUAGGCUCCGCGUCGUAUCGUGCAAGGAUCGAUGCGAGAUCCGUCUCGAGGAUUCGAAUUCCGGCGAUCUGUUCGCUGCCUGUUUCGUGGAUCCUGGACGGAGGGAGAACUCCGUCGAGCCGUCCCUCGAUUCGUCUAGGUAUUUCGUUCUCAGGAUCGAUGACGGGAGAGGGAAGUAUGCGUUUAUCGGGCUAGGGUUCGCUGAGAGGAACGAAGCUUUUGAUUUCAAUGUGGCGUUAUCGGAUCAUGAAAAGUACGUUAGGAGGGAGAAAGAGAAGGAGACCGGAGAAACGAGUGAGAGCGAUAAUCAUAUCGAUAUACAUCCCGCCGUUAAUCACAGAUUGAAGGAAGGUGAAACCAUAAGAAUCAACGUGAAACCCAAACCAACAACAAAUGGCACUGGGAUGCUCUCAGCUGCUCUUUCAGGAACCGGGAAACCAAAACCACUAGCACUUGCGCCACCUCCCAAAGCUGCUGGGAUAACCAGGUCACCUUUACCGCCACCACCAAACGAUCCCGUCGCGUCAAGGAUUGCAUCUGAUGGCUGCAAAGAUUCAAUUGAUAACACAAGACGCAGGAACGAGCCUCUAUCUGAUCUAACUCAGCUUAAGAAGAAUCUUCCUUCAACGGCGGGAUCAGGAUCGACCAAGUCAACAGGAGCUGCAUCAGGUUGGGCAGCUUUCUGAUCUAUGGAGUGUAAAAUUUUAAGUUGGUGGACAAGUCCGGCUUCAUCUUCUUGUGACUUGAGAGCACGAGACAAUGGUGAAAAGCCAACAGUCUUUUUGAUGUAUGUUACUGGUAAGUUUGAUGUUGUGUUUCUUUGUAAUCCCAUACUCCCUCUGUUUUAUUUUUCUUUCUUCCUUCCCUUACAAUCAUCUUUGUUACAUUAUGAAAUUAUCACUAAUCAUUAUCAUCUAGACCACUGAGAUAUUAAUAUAUAUUAAAAGAGGAUUUUUCAUAA